UGUCACCUGUCAAACGUGAACAUUCCAAACAAAUUUAAACUAAAACCGUUUAUUCAAAAAAAAAAAGUAAUCGUGAAUAUUCUGUUCUAUAAGUCCUAAACUGUUUUUGUCGUAAUUUACUGUGUGUGGUCUUUAGUGUGAUUUUAUGUACCUUCAUGCCCAACAUCUCUGAUCUUUUAUAAUGGAGAACAAGGAGAAUACUGGGAAUAUUCCAAGUGAACCAGUGAACAAACUGCUGGGCUUUGUUUCAAAGGUGCGAAGAUCCGUUUUAAAGGAGUUUGAUCCACUUGCCACAGAAAGUCCUAUAGCUACCCCGAAGAAACCAGUUAUUUAUGAAACCAUUGAGGAUGAUGAAGAUAUCUUUGAAGACGCUGAGACUUCACUGCCUAGUAAUGCAUUUGGGCUGACUACUAGCGCUAAAAAAGCAAUACCAUCGAGAAAAUCAUAUGGUCUUCUUAUUCCCGAACUAAACGCACCACCUGUAAUGCAAACCUUCAAUGACACUGGAGAUUUAUCGUUCAUGGAGUGUGUGGAAAACACUUCUCAAGCACAGGCCAUUAAUGCCUCAGACGAUUCGGUUGAAUUUAAUUAUAGUGUUAGAAAAUCUGUCCUGGUACCACAAGUAACAGAACACUCCUCCAUACAUGGCACAGAACAAUUAAAUUCUGAUAUGCAUGAAUUCAUGUUUGUUGAUACUGAAUCAGAUAAAACUAUUAACGGCACAAUGGAGGAAUAUGACCCGUUGGGGAUGUCUGUGACAGAAAUUGCUCAUUCUGAUCCAUUAUGUGUAGACAAAUUAAAUCAAACUUCUCAUGAAAUUUUGUUAAAGGAAUCCUCUGAUCAAGCAGAGGCAUGUGGUCAGGAAGAAUUAGAAGCUAAGGAAUUGAAUAAAGAAAACAUGCUUGAUCAAGGAAAUUUGAUUGUGAGACCAUUAGUUUUCUUAAAUGAAGCUGUAGAAGUGCCUAAAGAGGAAGAUACUAUACUACCGAAUCCACAAAAUGAGCUGAAUUGUUCUUAUGAGCAAGCAGUAGAAUCUGAAUCACAAAUUUGCUUGGAAGCUGGGGCAAAACUACUCAAUAAAACCCUUGAUCAAGUCCUAAUGGAUCCUUUAAAUAAAACCUUGAAAGAGUUGAAUAAAUGUGAACUCCUUGAGCAAGCAGAGGAGCCUAAAGGUUCAGUUACAGAACCUCAAACUUCCUUGAAUCAAACAAUAGAUACAUUCAAUAAAACUAUGGAAGAGAUUCCUCAAGGGUCAUCCCUUGAAGUACAGAAUCAACUGUUUGAGCAACCUGAAAGCAAUAAAAUCAAUUGUGAUGUUCGAGAGGCACAGAGUUUCUUAAAUCAAACUUGUGAGUUAGACAAAGCCAAUAAUACUGAGACAAAUAAGACAUUGGAGCAAGUUAAGGGAUUAGAAAUGGUUUCUGAGCUGAGUUCUUUAAAUAAAACUGAAGAACUCACAGUGAAAGUGAAUGAAACAUUUGAGCAACAAACAGAAAGUUGUGAAGGUGAAGAAUCAAUUUCAGAAGUUCAAACUUGCUUAAAUCAAACUAGUGAUAAUAGAACAUUUGAUCAAGGUAAUGAUUCAAAAGUGGGUUUUGAGCAGAUUUCUUUAAAUAGAACUAAAGAAAAUUCACAGGAACUGAACGAAACCUUGGAGCAACAAACAGAAAGUUGUGAAGGUGAAGAAUCAAUUUCAGAGGUUCAAACUUGCUUGAAUCAAACAGUUGAUAUUGGCAAAGCCAAUGAUAGUGAGCCAAAUACACUUGUUAAAAUGUUUGAUCAAGUUGAGGGGUUAGAAGUAGGUUCUAAGCAGAUUUCUUUAAAUAAAACCAAAGAAAUCCCACUGAUAUUGAAUGAGACCUUUGAACAACAAACAGAUAGUUCAGAAGCCAUUUGUGAUGCUCAAGAAUCAAUUCCAGAGGCUCAACAGUGCUUGAAUCAAACAAUCGAUGUGGAAAAACCCACUAAUAAUGAUUCAGUUAAUGAAACAUUCGAUCAGGUUGAAGGUUCAGAAGUGAGUUUGAAGCAGAUAUCUUUAAAAGAAACCAAAAAACUCCCACUGAAAUUGAAUGAAACCUUUGAACAACAAACAGAAACUUCGGAAGUCAGUUGUGAAGCAGAAGACUUAAUUCCAGAGGUUCAACCUUGCUUGAAUCAAACAAUCGAUAUCGGCAAAGCCAGUAAUAGUGAGACAAAUACAGUUGAUAAAACGUUUGAUCAAGUUAAAGAAUCGGAAGUGUGUGCUGAGAAUAUUUCUUUAAAUAAAAUCAAAGAAACCCCACUGAAACUAAACGAAACCUUUGAACAACAAACUGAAAGUCCUGCAACCAAUUGUGACGCUAAAGAAUCAAUUCCAUCAGAGGUUGAAGACGAUAGUAAUGGGACAAAUCCAGUUAAUAAAACAUUUAAUCAAGGUUCAGAAGUGGCUUCUGACCAGAUUUCUUUCAAUGAAAACCCGCAGAAAUCGAACGAAACCUUUGAACAACAAACAGGAAGUUCAGAAAGCACUUCUGGUACUGAAGAAUCAAUUUCGGAACGUCGAAACGUUGCCGAUCGAGUGGAGGAACCCGAAUCGGUGGCCGAGGAACGUCUUGAAAAUCUGAAAAUAAAGGUGCGGAAAGCGUUGCCGAACAUGCAAAACCAACUGAACCACAUCUUCGAGCAAGAUCGGUUGGCAAGUGAGCGCCGUAGGGAAAUGGCACUAUUAGAAAACCAAAGGGAGUUAGAUCGCAUAAUGCAAACAAUAAAACCGGAAAACAUGAUGGCCGAGUUGAAAAUGUGCGGACAACAAGAUAAGAACUUCGGGGGGGAGCCCAUGGAUGUCAGCUAUGGAAGUAUCUUAAUUAAUACUCAAUUUGGUCGGCCCGAAACUGAUGAGCCAAUGGACGUUAGUUAUGGCGAAACGGGACAUAAUGAGUCAAAACAGAUGGAAACCGGUUGUGUAAAUAAGACUAUUGAAAUAGGGCAAAUAAGGGAAGAUAAUCAUGAAGCCUGUACAAUUGAGGAACCAAGACAACCAAUUUCUGAUAGACACUCAGUAAACUUUGCCUUAGAUUCACCAGUAACCUCUUCCUUUGUAGCACAUGAGGAACAAGAUAAAUAUAAAUUUAAUAAUCAUGAAGAGAAUAUGACUGAAGAACCGAGACAGUCCGAUAGACGCUCAGUAAGCUUUGCCCCAGAUUUACCAGUAAGUUCUUCCUCUGUAAAACAUGAAGAACAAAAUAGAUAUAGUUUUAAUACUCAUGAAGUCAAUAUCACUGGUACACGUGAAGAACCAAGACAGUCCAAUAGACGCUCCGUAAACUUUGCCUCAGAUUUACCAACAAUCCCUUCCUUCAUAGCAAAUGAGGAACAAGACCAACAUAAUCUGAAUAAUCAUGAAGCCAAUACCUCUGAUAUAACCGAAGAACCAAGACAAUCAAUGCCUGGUGACUUAGUGAGCUCUACCUUCAUAGAUGAUGACGAACAAGCUGAACGAGCUGUACAAGUCUUAGCUCAAAGUAUGAACAAAACGAUCGAUGCCGAGGAAUCCGCCAUCGUAGAAGAAAUCUGUUCUACAGACGAUUCCGGCGAUCUGGAUGCCACGUUCGAUGCCAAAAAGGACGUCAAACCUGAAAAUCCGGAUGCCGCUAAAGAGGUACCUUCAUUAAAGCCGUUAAAAGUCGAGUGCCGUCCUAAUAUACGGGCCCUAAGGAAUAAAACGCAAGUGAUCGAGUCGUCUGUCGUAUUAAAAGCGGCUCAAAUCGGCCCGAAAGAUGAUGACGCCCAAGCGAAAGUUCUGGAAGAGCUUAAGAGUGUCAAGGAGAAACUGAUCGAGGAGAAGGCGAGGUUGCAACAGGAGCUGGACGAGUUAGAGAAGGAUAAUAGGAAGAAGGAUCAGUACAUUUUGGAGCACGCUUUGCGAGAAGAGGCUUGGAAGGACUCCUUUGAAAAGUAUCGGCGGGUACUGAAAGAGUAUGAAAAACACUUGCAAAAGCAAGCCCAGGACUUGGAGAACCAGAAGAGGAGUUCCGAGGAACUUGUCAGGGAUUUUGUCAACACCGAGAUGGCGUUUUCGGCGGCUACACAGAAAUAUGAAAAAGCCAAGACUAUCGUAGGAGCUUAUCAAAAAAACGAGGAAGUAAUGAAGCAGAACCUGAAGAACGCCGAAUUGGCUCUAGUUAAGUUGCAAAUGAAGUGCGAGGCUCUGAAGAAGGAGAACAAGAAGAUAACGGAAGAGAUGGAAAAGUCCUUGGAAAAAGAGAAACGGGACCUAAAAACCACGUUGACAAAACUGCAGAACGAGUACAAGAAACUGGAAAUCGAGGCGCAAUCUCUGGAAACCGCGUUAAGUGCCAAAACGAAAGAAUGCGACGCUUUAUCCGCCCUAUGCGAUGCAAUAACUGCUGGUCAGACUUAGAUUUAGAGAUUCCGUUAAGUUAUAUAUGUUUUUUUGUUUUUAUUAUAGAGACUGUGAUUAUUUUCCUUGCA